AAGGUAAAGAGAAAGUAGACAGCACUAUGGACGUAACGACGUUACUGUACGUGUCGGGGUUUCUGGACCUCUUUGGUGUCAGCAUGAUAGUGUCACAGAUUGGAACUCACGCACGUGAACUUGGUGCUUCAUCAACAGCAGCAGGAUUUGUCGGGUCUGUGUAUGGCGCUUUGCAGCUCGUCUCCAGUCCCACUGUGGGACGAUGGAGUGAUGUUAUGGGUCGUAAAGCCUGCCUUGUACCUUGUCUCCUCAUGUCAGCAGUAGGUUACCUGUCAAUGGGCUUCUCCUACACACUAACGAUACUCAUCUUCUCACGGAUCAUCACAGGUAUGUUUAAACAAAGUCAGAGUAUAUCACGGUCGAUGCUGUCUGACAUCACACCAGAGGACCAGCGCUGCCGAGUAUACGGGAGGUUUAACUCGGUGUCCAGUAUUGGCUUCAUCCUCGGGCCACUAGUCAGUAGCACCAUCAUCAAACACGAAGGAGGAUUCUACACAGUCAGCUGUCUCUGUGGCUCUGUAUUUACUCUGAAUGCUGUACUGAUGUGGUUUGUUUUACCAUCAAUUGGUCCCACCAAGAAGAAGUCUUUGCACCACAACAGUCUGACAAAUGUUAUGAUGUCAUUUAAACAUCUAAACUGGAUAGACCUUUGGGAUAUUUUCCUGGUGAAUUUCUUUGCUGGAUUUUCUGUGAUGCUAUUCCGCAGUAACUCGGAUAUGAUUUUCAGGGACAGGUUUGGGACAACAAAACAAGACAUGAGCUACCUGACCUCCUAUACGGCUGUAGUAUCGGCCCUGUGUGGCUUUGUGUCGGGGUGGAUAGCUAGUCACUACAAAGACAACUACCAACUGUAUAAACACAUGUUAUAUGGGUUAUUUGUCACGUUAGUAGCUUUAACGUUAGUCGUGGACUUCUGGAUGUAUGUCGUAGUGCUGGCAUUGCUUAGUUUUGUGACAACAAAUCUACGAGUGGCUAGUGCCAGUCUGCUGGCGUCCAGAGCUGGUACUGGAGGUGUAGGGGCUGUUAUGGGUCUGGGGGAUACAGUCAUGUCUGUAGCACGCAUGUUGUCCCCUCUCCUAUCUGGUAUGGCUUUGGAAGUCAGCUCAUCUGGUCCUUCCCUCAUAGGGUCAGUGAUGGCUGCAGUAGCUGUUGUAGUCGUCUCCCUACGGUCACAAUUAAAACUUCACCAAGAGUGAAAUUGUGUUCUGCCAGACUUUUGUUGUGAUAUGUUUGCAUAUUUAUUUGCUCAGGGAUUUUAUAAAGAUAGAUGUUCAUGUU